UUGUGGCAGCACUGCGUCAAAGUAUGGGAGCAGAUUCUAAUUCUUAUGGUUUUCCAUGGGAAUGGGUGAUAUGGGCAGCUGUUUUUGGAUUUAUUGCUGUUCUCUUUUUUGUGUGGAGAGGUUUUAGAUCCAUUAGGAGUUGGCUUUACGUAGGAAGAGAGAAAAAGCUUGCUGAAAUGCUGCCUACACAAAUUAAAGAAAAAUGUCAACUACUUGAAAAACUUAGUAUUAUUCAGAAAGAGUAUGAAGGCCAUGAAGUGGAGUCAUCUUUAAAGGAUGCCAGCUUUGAGAAGGAGGCAACAGAGGCACAAAGCUUGGAGGCAACCUGUGAAAAGCUGAGCAGGUCCAAUGCGGAACUUGAGGAAGAAAUACUAUGUCUAGUAAAAGAAUUAAAAGAAGAGAAAUCUAAACAGUCUGAACAAAAUGAACAGAUGGCAGAUAUUUCAGAAAGGAUACAGUCUCUAGAAGAUGAGUCAAGAUCCCUCAAAUCACAAGUAGCUGAAGCCAACAUGACCUUCAAGACUUUAUUUCCAAUGAAUGAAGAACCACUGAAGCUGGCAAUAAAAGAUGCUUUGGGUGAAAAUUCUCAACUUCAGGAAAGCCAGAAACAGCUUUUGCAAGAAGCUGAAGUUUGGAAAGAACAAGUGAGUGAACUUAAUAAACAGAAAAUAACAUUGGAAGACUCCAAAGUACACGCAGAACAAGUUCUCAAUGCUAAAGACAAUAACAUCAAGACUCUGACUGAACACUUGCUGAAGAUGAACGAUUGGGCAGCUAUGCUAGGAGAAGACAGAACGGAUGAAGACAACGUGGAGUUAGAACUGAACAGUGAAUCAGCAAAUGGUGUGUACUUAGAUCAUCCUCCAAAUGGAGCUUUGAAGAAACUGAUUCAUGCUGCUAAGUUCAAUGCUUCUUUCAAAAGCUUAGAAGGAGAAAGAACCCAAACUAACACUCAGCUAUCUGAAGUUGAUAAAAUGAAGGAAGAACUUGCAGAACAUAUUAAAAAUCUUGAGACUGAACUUUGCAGUCAGAAAACACACAUUUUGAAAGUGAGAAUCAGAAGCUUCAACAGAAACUUAAAGUAAUGACUGAAUUAUAUCAAGAAAAUGAAAUGAAACUCUACAGGAAAU